UCGGCCACCACACCGGCACGCGCAGUCCUAGUCCGCCUCCUAACAAAUCAGAGCGCCAGACGCAAUCGACGCGUGCCAGAAUCCACCCUUGCGUGAAACCCGAAGCGCCGACAGCACACAGAGCAAAAGCCCACGGAGAGCAUGCUGUCGCAGAGCCUCCAGAAGCUCGCGCGCCGCGCCGUGGCGCCGACCAGGAGGACCUUCCAAAAGGGCGCGCUCCCGGCCUGGGCCACCGUCGACCCGUGGGCCAUGUCCGGCGCGGCGCCGGCGAAGGGCCGGAACUUCGUCGACGGCGAGUGGCGCGACGCCGCGCACACGAAGACGAUCCCGGACCCGCUGAACGGCGAGGCCUUUCUCGAGGUGCCCGACGCGCAGGGCGCGGACCUGGACCCCUUCGUCGACGCGAUGCGCCGCACGCCGAAGUCGGGCCUCCACAACCCGCUCAAGGCUCCGGAGAAAUACUUCGAACUGGGCGAGUGCAACGCGCUCAUCGGCGCCGCGCUCCGGGACGAAGACACGCAGAACUUCUUCGCCGAGCUGCUGCAGCGCGUCGUCCCGAAGCACGACAAGCAGGUGUUGGGGGAGGUCACGACGGUGCGCAAGUGGGUCGAGGGCUUUGCCGGUGAUGGGGUCCGGCGCCUCGCCCAGGCGACGUCGCUCCCGGGCGACCACGCGGGCCAGGAGACGCGGUCCUACCGCUGGCCCUACGGGGCGACGUCCGUGAUCACGCCGUUCAACUUCCCCCUGGAGAUCCCGGCCCUCCAGUCGCUCGCGUCGGUGUGGAUGGGCAACAAGUGCACCGUGAAGAUCGACGAGCGCGUCCAGAUCGUCUACGAGCAGUUCCUGCGGCUCUGCCACGCGUGCGGCUUCCCGAAGGACGCCUUGGAUUUGAUCUACUGCUCGGGGCCGGCCUUCAACGACGUGCUCAUCCGGGGCGACGCCAAGAUGACGCUCUUCACGGGGAGCCAGGCCGUGGCCGAGAAGCUCACGCUCGACCUCCGCGGCAAGGUCAAGCUCGAGGACGCGGGCUUCGACUGGAAGAUCCUGGGGCCGGACGUCGACGACUUUGAGUACGUGGCCUGGCAGGCGGACCAGGACGCGUACGCGUUCUCGGGCCAGAAGUGCUCCGCGCAGUCGAUCUGCUUCGUCCACGAGAACUGGGAGGCGGCGGGCUUCACGGCGAAGAUUAAGGAAACGGCCGCGCAGCGCAACGUGGGCGACCUCUCCGCGGGGCCCGUGCUGUCCUGGUCCACGGACAAGAUGCUGGACCACGUCGGGAAGGUCGCGGCGCUGCCCGGCGCGAAGGUCGUCUUCGGCGGCCGGAAGCUCGCGGGGUCCGAGGCCUUCCACGCGGCCUACGGGGGCCUCGAGCCGACGGCCGUCGAGGUGCCGCUGGCCACGAUGCUGGCGUCGCCCGAGACCUUCGAGCUCGUGACGACGGAGCUCUUCGGCCCCUUCCAGGUCCUCGUGCCCUACGCCUCGGCGGAGCUGCCGGCCGUGCUCGAGGCCUGCGAGCGCAUGACGAACCACCUCACGGCGGCCGUGGUCUCGAACGACGCGAACUUCGCCAACGCCGUGCUCGGCGCGACGGUCAACGGCACGGUCUACGCGGGCCGCCGCGCCCGCACGACGGGCGCCCCGCAGAACCACUGGUUCGGCCCCUGCGGCGACCCGCGCAGCGCCGGCAUCCACACGCCGGACGCGAUCCGGCUCUGCUGGUCCUCGCACCGCGAGGUCAUCGCCGACGUCGGGCCGGUCGGCCACGACUGGACGGCGCCCGCCCCCACGUGA